CCAAAACAUACUUAUUCACUAACUUUCAUGACUUAACUUUUUAUUACAAGUAACGACAAUCAUCAAUUAACGCUUAAGCAUAAACCACAAAAAGUCUAAAAUGUCGAAACUACCCCUAAUCUGCCAUUAACACCGACACAAAAAACCUCCAUCUCUUUCACAGUUCACUCUCUCUUGCCUCUCCACUCACUCACAGACUACACAACACAGACCUAAAAAAAUGUCUUCUCUGCGUUUGCGUUUAUGUCUUCUUCUACUCUUACCUAUCACAAUUAGCUGCGUCACAGUCACUCUCACUGACCUCCCCGCGUUUCGUGAAGCUCCGGCGUUUCGAAACGGCAGAGAAUGCUCCAAAACGACAUGGAUACCUUCGGAUCACGAACACAACCCAUCAAUCAUCCACAUCGCUAUGACUCUCGACGCAAUUUACCUCCGUGGCUCAGUCGCCGGCGUCUUCUCCGUUCUCCAACACGCUUCUUGUCCUGAAAACAUCGUUUUCCACUUCAUCGCCACUCACCGUCGCAGCGCCGAUCUCCGCCGCAUAAUCUCCUCAACAUUCCCAUACCUAACCUACCACAUUUACCAUUUUGACCCUAACCUCGUCCGCAGCAAAAUAUCUUCCUCUAUUCGUCGUGCUUUAGACCAACCGUUAAACUACGCUCGGAUCUACCUCGCCGAUCUCCUCCCAAUCGCCGUCCGCCGCGUAAUCUACUUCGACUCCGAUCUCGUAGUCGUCGAUGACGUGGCUAAACUCUGGAGAAUCGAUCUACGUCGGCACGUCGUCGGAGCUCCGGAGUACUGUCACGCGAAUUUCACUAACUACUUCACUUCAAGAUUCUGGUCGAGUCAAGGUUACAAAUCGGCGUUGAAAGAUAGGAAACCGUGUUAUUUCAACACCGGAGUGAUGGUGAUUGAUCUCGGAAAAUGGAGAGAAAGGAGAGUCACGGUGAAGCUAGAGACAUGGAUGAGGAUUCAAAAACGACAUCGUAUUUACGAAUUGGGAUCUUUGCCUCCGUUUCUGCUCGUUUUCGCCGGAGAUGUUGAGCCGGUGGAGCAUAGGUGGAAUCAGCAUGGUCUUGGUGGUGAUAACUUGGAAGGACUUUGCCGGAAUUUGCAUCCAGGUCCGGUGAGUUUGUUGCAUUGGAGCGGGAAAGGGAAACCAUGGCUAAGGCUUGACUCGAGACGACCGUGUCCGUUGGAUUCGUUAUGGGCUCCUUAUGAUUUGUUUCGUUAUUCACCGUUGAUCUCUGAUAGCUGAUUGUAACAUCGGACGGUGGAGGAAGGCACGACCGUGUUUUGCUGACGUGGAAUAAAGCUAUUUUGAUCGGUCGUAAUAAAUACGUUGGUCAAGCCACGUGCCAGAUGAUUGAAGAGGUGGUAGGUUUUGAUCGGACGGUGUAUAACCAUUCAUGUGAUAAAGAAUUCCCAGGCCAAGUGUAAUCGAAAAGAAGAAAGUGAACUAGAAGAGUUAAGAUUGUGUAACGGUAACGUUCCGGAGAUUGGUUCAUAUCGAUUGAAAUGUAUUAUGUGUUUGAAAUUGAUUGUAUGGAUCUAAUUAGUGUGACAUAAUUUACGGAAAAGUAACCACGUUUUUCAACAGAAUUCUCUGAGCUCACGUAAACGAAAACAUUAUAUUGAAACAUAUAAACAUAAGUUGUUGGUGUAUGAUGAAAGUGGGCCAAUGAUAGGGUUUGGACAUUGGGGCCGAUUUUAACUUGAAAGGUUAUGAAGAAGGCUA